AUGGUAAAUACAAUUUUCUAUUCAUAUAGUUAUAUCAAGAAUAGUAAAUUUCAAACUAUAUUUACAUAUUGUAUAGUACUGAGUUAUUCCAAUACAUCAUCAUCAUCAUCAUCAUCAUCAUCAUCAUCAUCAUCAUCAUCAUCAUCAUCAUCAUCAUCAUCAUCAUCAUCAUCAUCAUCAUCAUCAUCAUCAUCAUCAUCAUCAUCAUCAUCAUCAUCAUCAUCAUCAUCAUCAUCAUCAUCAUCAUCAUCAUCAUCAUCAUCAUCAUCAUCAUCAUCAUCAUCAUCAUCAUCAUCAUCAUCAUCAUCAUCAUCAUCAUCAUCAUCAUCAUCAUCAUCAUCAUCAUCAUCAUCAUCAUCAUCAUCAUCAUCAUCAUCAUCAUCAUCAUCAUCAUCAUCAUCAUCAUCAUCAUCAUCAUCAUCAUCAUCAUCAUCAUCAUCAUCAUCAUCAUCAUCAUCAUCAUCAUCAUCAUCAUCAUAUAACACGUAUACCAUACACCAUUUACAAAUGCACAUAUAA